GUAGGACUUUAGGAUGGAGUAGUAGGUGUGUGGUAGGAUUUUCUUUAGUUUGAAUAGAAGCCCUUCAUGUCAUACUUUAUCGAAUGCCUGUUAAAUGUCUCGAAGGAGUCGAUUCGUUAGCAUCUUCCCGAAUAAUUUUGACAAAGUAGGUAGAAGACUAAUUGGGCGAUAGGAGCUAGUUCCAUGUAUUGGUAACAGAGGUAUGGAGUAAUUAUAUAGCUCUCCUUAAAAACAAACAUUGACCUGAGAGGUAUGGAGAGGGGUAUAGAGGAGUAUAUAUCAUCCCGUUGACCGUGGAUUCGUUGAAAAUUAAGUCCCUAGACAAGUUCCUAAGAACUAGCGACUUUCGUGGUUGUCAUUCCUGCGUGCGUUUUGUUAUAUAUGUACUAUAUGUACACUGUAUAUUUCUAACAAGAUUGAUACAGUAUCUUUUGUUUACUUGUUUCUUAAACCUAUCAAGGAAUUUAUAAUGAGUGACGACGAUCGAGACAUCGACAUUGAGAGUGAUGAAAGUGAUGAAUCCGAUUCUAGGCAGAAGCAUUUAAACAAUAGCCAAUAUUAUUCUCAAGCAGAAAAACGGGCACACCAUAAUGCAUUAGAACGGAAACGUCGGGAUCAUAUUAAGGAUAGUUUCUCCAGGCUUAGAGACUGUGUACCUACGUUGCAAGGAGAAAAGGUUGCCAGUAGGACACAAAUACUCAAGAAAGCUGUUGAGUAUAUACAGUUUAUGCGACGCAAGAAUUCCUCCCAUGAUCAAGAUAUUAAUGACUUGAUACGUCAGAAUGAUCUCUUGGAGUCUCAAAUAGUCCACUUGGCAACUUUUUUGCACUUCUGUUGUUGAAGGUGACAGAAAUGAAGCAUCUGAUCUUUGGUAAAUGUUCUCCUUGUUUUCUCCAGCUAAUUCCUCAGUUAAGCAAAAUAUGAACUCCUUUCUGGAUAUUUUCGAUCCGGUGCACUCUUUGCAUAAUAUCCACGCAUUUAUCGCUACCAAAUCUAAAAUAUUGAAAACAACUUAAAGGGGCUAUCAGAAACUCCCUGUUUUCAUACUAUAUUUAAGUGCCAUCUGAUCAACAACGUCCACACCAAACUUUGUUUUAUUAUAAAAAGCAAUGGUUUCUGGAACAUGUUUAUAAUUGUGUUCUACUUGUACACCUGUAUGUUUGGCACUUAGAAGGAAGACUUUCACGUUAGAUUUACUUUUAUACACAGUAAGCAUGCAGUUUUCUAAUUUAUAUAAAUGUAAGGAAAACAAAGUUAUCUUGUCCUUUUUUCCCUUGAGCAUUGAGUUUCAUCUUUCCCCAUAUAAGGGAAACCAUUCAAAAUAUAUUUUAUUUGGACGUCAACUGCUAACCAAAACUUAAUGCCAAAUUUAUGAGGCUUAUUCGUUAUAUAUUGCAUAAACCUGCAUCGGGCUUUCGUUGGAAAUAAUUGUUCAUCUAUUGAGAUAUUUUCAUAUGGCUUGUAGCAGGCCUGGCUAUUACUUAUGAAUCUGUUCCAUAUUUUGGAUAUCAGUGCAAAUUUAUCUGUUUGUAAUCUUUUGGAGGCUUUCAAUGAUCUCGCUUCAUAUGCGCCCCAGCCAUAUAGAAUUCCUAGAAAACUACGCAACUCAGCAAGUGUGAUUGUCUAGUCUUUUUUCAAAACUCGACGCGCCUUGGUUUCAGUGCAAUCGUUUAUGUGUUCCAUUAUGUGUCUGUCAAUUAUCAAUUCGAAAGCACUAGUUACAUAACCCGAUAUAAUAUUUCUCUUAGCAUAGCCAGUAGGCCCUGCGAUAUCCUUGAAUAUUAUACGAGCGGGCAUCCUACCCCUAGAUCUGCCUGCUUUCAGUUUUGUCCAUUGUCUUAUAGUAUAUAUAUAUCUAUAUAUCUUUUAUCCACUGUUUUAACCAAUUUGACCCAUUACAUUUUGGGAUGUGCUUGGAAUGCUCAUUCUUUCAUCCUUGGAGACAGAAUUAGAAAAUAUAUGCAUCCUUUUCUUGUUACGAUACACUUCCAAGAAGUUUUCAUCUUCACUAUCCGAAGAUCCUUCUAUCUCUCCACUUUGAGUGUAUUCAGAACUUUCACUGUCAGCUUUGUUUUGGCCUAAUUCGUACUGAUUUUCUUCGGAGGUAUCCUCAGAACAAUCUUCAUUGAUGUUGACAAUUUUGUUCAAUAUCUUAUUAUAUCUUCCAGGAUUACUCAUGAUUGUUAGAAAAGGAGGAUUGGUCAAAAAAAGAAAAUACUGUGCCCAAACUCAAUUAUCCUAUUGUAAAUACUUACAAUAAGCGGAGACAAUAAUGGGAAAUGUCUACAAUAACUGAAACUUUUACACACUGUCUUUGAAAAACAGAUUGUUUAUGAAAUCAGCUAGCCCCUCAAUUUGACGGAUUUCGCAGGGAUAGGUAUACUACAUA